AUGGGAGCAGGAAAGCCUUUUCCACCACCACUGCCUGAUCCGGCUGACUACGUUGUCGAGUUUGACGGGCCAGACGAUCCCAAUCAUCCUUUUAACUGGAGCUUCGCGGUAAAGUUGUACAUCUCCGUCAUAGCCUGCGCCGGAACAUUCGUUUCAUCCUUCGCCAGUGGCGUUUUCGCACCGGGAACCGAAGAAGUCAGCAAAGCAUUCGCCGUCAGCACAGAAGUGGGCACAUUGGGAACGACACUCUACGUUCUGGGCUUUGCAUCGGGUCCUCUGAUCUGGGGACCAGCAUCCGAGCUGAUCGGCCGACGGUGGCCACUAAUCCUAGGGUUGCUCGGGGGCGCGAUCUUCUCCAUAGCAUCCGCCGUCGGCAAGGACCUCCAAACAGUCAUCAUCUGUCGCUUCUUCGCCGGCGUCUUCGGUGCCUGUCCGCUCUCUGUAGUUCCCAGUGUGCUUACCUACAUCUACAAUAACACCCAUCGUGGGGCGGCCAUGACAAUCUACGCCCUCACCGUCUUCGUGGGACCCUUCUCCGCACCGUUCAUCGGCGGGUUCAUCACCGCGAGUUACCUCAGCUGGCGAUGGACGCUCUAUGUUCCAGCAUUCAUGGGCUUCGGCCUCGGCAUUAUCUCUUUCUUCUUUCUCAAAGAAACCUACGCUCCCAUUCUGCUAGUCGGGAAAGCAGCCGCCAUCCGCCGGGAGACACGUAACUGGGGUAUCCAUGCAAAACAGGACGAGAUCGAGAUUGACUUGAAUGAGCUAAUGCGGAAGAAUUUCACGCGUCCGCUGCGGAUACUGAUCACCGAGCCGAUCAUAUUGCUGAUCUCGAUGUACAUGUCGUUUAUCUACGGGCUUGUCUACGCGCUGCUCGAGGCAUAUCCCUACGUGUUCCAGACCGUCUACAGGAUGAACCUCGGGGUCAGUGGUCUUCCCUUCAUUGGUCUGAUCAUCGGUCAGAUAUUCGCCUGUGCGUUUAUUCUCUCUCGACAUGGGGAAUAUGUAAAGAAACUGGUCGCGAACGGCAAUAUUCCGGUGCCGGAAUGGCGUCUGGGGCCAGCCCUGAUCGGUGCUCCGAUCUUUACGAUCGGGAUCUUUUGGUUUGGCUGGACGGGCUUCACUUCCCGGGUCCAUUGGAUGGCACCCACUGCCGCCGGUGUCUUUGUCGGAUUCGGUGUGCUGUGUAUCUUCUUAUCAUGUUUCAACUACUUGGUCGACUCGUAUCUUCCACUAGCAGCAUCGACUGUUGCGGCCAACAUCAUCCUCCGUUCGAGCGUUGCGGCGGGGUUUCCGUUGUUCACGAAGCAGAUGUUCGAGAAUCUGGGUAUACAAUGGGCGGCGACGUUACUGGGGUGUCUGGCGGCGAUUAUGAUUCCCAUUCCCUUUGCUUUUCGGAUAUUUGGACCGCGGUUGAGGGGGAAGAGUAAGCUUGCUCCUUAG